UCUGCAAUGUAGCUGCAACACGGCAGUUAUAAUCUGUGUUUGCCGAGAUGAAUGUGACAGGAGGGAAAGAUGCAUUUGGGUGUGUGCUUGCAGAUCUCACGGAGGAAUGUCCUUUGACGAAGGAGAGAAGUUACAAGUACAGGCUCUGCGCCUACUGCGGCAGUGGUCUGAAAUUCAUCAUCGUCUGUUUCGUUGCGCUGACCAUCGCCAUCACGACGAUGCUGGUGCUGCAAAUUCUUUAUACGGAAAGUAUACCGCAGAGCGGUCUGCACGGCGUUCAUGGGGCAGUCGCCACGGAUUACUCCAAUUGUUCCCAAAUCGGCACCAAGAUACUAGCGAGACUAGGCAACGCGGUCGAUGCCGCGGUGGCAGCGACCGUUUGCAUGGCCGUAGUAGCGCCUCACAAGACUGGCCUCGGCGGAGGGGGUUACAUAAUGAUAUACAAUUACAAGAAUUACACUCGACCGAUUGUCAUUGACUUUGCGAGUAACACGACCACAGGUUUCUUUGCCAAGGCCGGAAUACGUUUGCCAGCUCUACUGAAGGGAUUGGAGUUCGCUCAAAGAUUAUACGGCAAUUUACCGUGGCGCGAUGUCGUAGAACCUACCGUUGAGCUAGCCCGAGAAGGAUUUGUCAUAUCCAAGGAUCUCGCGGACGAAGUGUCGAGGAAUACGGAAUACGAGAUAUUUUACGCCGGCCCGUUGAAUCCAGGCGACAGAUUGCAACUGGACGACCUCACGAGGACGUUGGACAUUGUAGCACGUUAUGGUGCAACAGCGUUAUAUAACGGUACCUUGUCUCGUGAAAUUUUACAAAACGCCACUCUCCGUGAAAAAUUACUGCAACAGUUGGCGAGUUACGAACCUACUGUAACGACGGCGGAGAGCUCAAUAUUGCAUCGUCAUACAAUUUAUUAUCCGCUACACGCGUCUUUCAUGCGAGAGAUAAUCGAGGCACUGGAAGACCUUCCGAUUUCGGCAGAGAAUGCGUCCGCUAUAGAAUCUCAAGCUCUCGUUGCUCAGACGUUGAUGCGCGUGUCUUUACAGUUUUCUCAAAACUUGCAACCUGACGUAAAAAGAGAAACGUACACCGGAGUUAUGGCAAUGGAUUGGCAAGACACCUACGUUAGCAUUUUAUCGUUAGUAGCAAACAUCAAUUACGCUUGCCAUCUACAGUAAAACUCCGUUUAUAUUAUUAUUUUUAUAUUUGUAUCCGAA